CCUACAUGUACCCUUUUAAAAGAGGACAGUAUAUUCUAUAAGCGCAUACACCCACAGCCGAUGACCAUGAGUUGCAACAUGUCGCGCAAAGAGGCUGAAGAACAAGUAAGCAGCUGGGGAUUCCAGCAUGUCUUUACGUGGUCCGACCGGGCCAACGCGCACUAUCCACCGCACGCCCACGCGGGCUUGACUACUCAUUUGAUCCUGUCGGGCGAGCUUACAAUCACCUACCCAGACGAUGCGAACCCAAGUAAAGAGACAUUCGGUCCGGGCAGCAGGCUGGACGUCGAUGCAAAGAGGCGACAUGAAGUUUUUGUAGGGAGCGCGGGCUGCACCUAUGUCAUUGGAGAGUGACAUUAAGGCACACUGAGAUGGAAAGUAUAAGGUAGCACAUCUGCUGCCAUGAUUGCGACAGAGCAGGAUGGGUUGUGUUGGGCGUCCGAUCCGUCGUGUCUUGGUUGAUGGCGGGACCAACACGGUAUAGGGAGGGCACACGUACAUGUAGUCUGGCUAUGCAUAGAUGGCCGUGUUGGUGACAUGUGGAGCAUUUGCAGCCGUUAUGUGCGUGGACUGUGUGCUUGAGGUGCUGGAGAGUUGCUAUUCACUCAACCGAGAAGGAAGGGUGAGGCAGGAGGUCACUUCCAAUCACUUUCUACCGCAGAAGGCGCCUUCCACCGGGGAGAACAGCUUUGAACAGCGGUCGCUCCUUCAUUUGGACACGCUUCCACCUCGAACCCAAUCCAAACUGCGUGCACCUACAUUAGGACCUGAGUGCCUCUUCAGACAUCACCGCCGACAUCACCGCCGACAUCACCAACACAGCAUUUGACCACUUAGCCUGCAUUCAUUGAGGAGAAUGCCGCCACAGGAACACGCCUACACCUACAAAACAAUUACGAGAGUACCGCCACCGCCACCUCCCUCGUCGAAGUGUGACGCGCCCAGCAGCGUCGCGACUUCCAGCAGUACCUCCAGUGAACCAUCAACGACGACGAAGCCGCGUCGCCACCAGCCCCCCUUCGACUCGAAGUCUGUCAUAGCCACAGUCAUGAACUCGUCACGCCAACCCGCAGUCACAGACGUUAGCGAUGUGCCCCCGCUGGCCGUCUACCACAUCUGCUGCAUCUGCAGGAAACCUCGCAGUGCACGCUACCAUCGUGAACACCCAAUCCCGAUAGAUGGUCACCCACCGCCCGGCGGCAUCUGUAGACGCUGCCGGGUAGUGGAAGUCGAGGAAGAUCGCAGCCUCGACGUCCAUGUUGUUGGAGAAGGAAGAAGUAACGACAUCAGGAUUGGUGUCGCGAGCUUCGUGCCGGAAGAAGACCCCGGGACUCACAGACGUACUCAACGUAUCUUGAAGGAGCCCGAGUGGCUUGAGCUCGAGAUGGACGGGUCGAUAAGAUAUGAGGUCGACGAUGUGCGCAGCAGUGGCUCAAAUGUGACGCCUCCAAUCAAGACUCGAGAAAGUGUAGUCUACAGAUACGUCCGCCAGCCAAAACCUCCCCAACCACCCCAGCCGCCUCAUCCACCUACAGGCCCUGCUGGGAACACGACUCGAGAAGAGGUGGUUUACAGACAAUCGCCCGCCAACACAGGCCCUGGUGCAGUUGUUUCGCCUCCGGAGUUAGACAUGGACGUGCAGCAAGCUGCAGGUCAUUUCCGUAGGGUCACUAUCCCUCCUCCUCCUCCAAAAGAGGAUGAAACGGAAGUCGUGGUGAUGCUCAAUCACACACCAGGGGGCAUAUCCAACGACGGCGCUUGUGAUUCCAGUUCCGCCCACGAAUCAUCAAUUUCGAAGGCCAAAGUUCGGUCAACAACCUAUACCGAGCCUGAGAUACGUAGACUGGCAAGGGAAGAGGUCGAGAGGUAUCGACGAUUGGAGCGAAAGAUUGAAGCGCACAAAGAUCCUUACGCUCAUGGCAGGAUCGUCGAAAUUCAACGCGUGCCCGUCGAACGCCGUAUUGAACAGGAUAGAGACGUCACAGCUGAGCUGCCGUGGAAAGCAUCGCAGUCGAUCCCGCGCAGGGACUCUGCUCUAGCCACUAUCGGAACAUCUUCAACCUCAAAUGAGUUAAAUGCGAGCAACCUACAGCAAAGCCAGGUAAUCGCGGACAGGAAGACUCGCGAUAGUGUCGCCUCAACGACUUCCUCGCUCUCGGCUGCACUCUCAGACAAGACGCAAAUGCCAGUCGAUGAUCGCAAGCUUCAUGCCUAUCGCCACGUUUCCGCCCGUGGGCAGCCCUUUCAAAACGCCAAGCCCGGAAGCACCUCAGCAGCUGCCGACGUUGAAAAGCUCCCCAGGCGAGUUGACGAACUUCAACGAGAAUACAGUCGCCAGGACCGCAGUCAGGCACAGUCUCAAACUGUGGACACGGUUAUCUAUCAACAACAUCUGGCCCACGAGGGUUCGCAACAAGCCCCAGAUACUGAUACGGAAGUCAAGCUUGCUCACUCGAGAGUGGAGAAAAAAGCGGUUCCUCGUUCCCCUGAUCGUGAGUAUGAGUACGUACGUCGUGUUGUGACACCCAUCACUUCGCGAACCCUCCAGCCACGCGAUUCAGCACCUCGAUACGAGGAGAGCAACGAAUAUCUCAUUUACCGAAGUGUACCGCACUCACCCGAGCAUGCUGUUACUGGAGCUAGAAACCAUCUGGAGAGCAUACGCCGCCGGGUUAGUGACGCUUCGAGCCGUGUGCACUUUUCUAAGAAACUGGACAUAUCGCCUACCCCUCCCGAAAGCGAUGCGAGCUCGUCCGAAUUCCGGUAUUACCGUGGUCGUCAAGAAGCCAGCCUGAGUAUGGGCAACGACGUCCCAAACCGCGCUCCUCGUCGAGACCCGGUUGCACUACAGCGCAAGGCCACACAACCUCUUGGUCUGGCUGCUGGAGGAGCCAGUGACGGUACACAGCCUCCACCUCCUCUCAGCGAAAGUCCGACUCGAGAGCAAAUGAUGCCAAAGUCAAGACGGGGUGGCUAUGGCCCAUUUGUGGAAAAGGAAAGAAAGAGCUCCAGCCUGAACGUCGAGCAUAGUAGCCAGAGUAGUCAGAGCCGGCACACGGGCCACCCAGCCCACGAUGGCUACGGCCCUUACGUACGAGAAGAGAAGAGAAGCGCAAGCGUGGACGUUGAAGAUGGGAGCACGGUCGCCAGUGGUUCAUGGCACAGCAGCGAGGAUGAUCCAUACGACAGACGACGAGGUCGCCGCUGAGAAGGCGGUGCCUCGAAGCCCAAGAAACCCAUCAAAGAGCACUCUUUGAUGACACACAUUGGAGAACCUGUUUUGAAAAUGAUCUCGGAGGUGAUGAGGCAGAACUUUUAGGUAGUCGACGUUGGUGUACUCCUUUGUCCUAACGAUUAAGCAUUCAU